AUGGGCUUCCUGAAAGUUGAAGAACGUUCGGCGCUUGCAGGCUUGGGCGCUGCGAAAGACAUGGACGUCUUCAGCUUCGAUUUCGAGGAGGAUAUCGAAGCCAAGGAUGCCGAUCGCGAGGAGAGCCUACGAGCUGAAGGCUUGACCUCUGCCGAAGGGGCUCUGAAUCGAGGCUCGCGAACGGUUUGCCGCCAUUGGCUGAAGAACCUCUGCAUGAAAGGUGACAAGUGCGAUUACUUGCACCAGUUCGACUUGAAUCGCAUGCCGGAGUGCUUGUUCUUUCUAAAGACCGGGAAGUGCUACGACCCGGACUGCCUCUUCAAGCAUGUGGCCGCCAGCGAGCGGCAGGAAUGCCCCAGAUAUCGUAUGGGCUUCUGCAAAUACGGCCCGUUGUGCCGAAUGUCGCACGAGAGGCUGCCCAAGGAUAAGAUGCCGGAUGUGUUGCCGGACUGGUUUUUGCAGCCACUGCUCAAGAAUGCGCACCUCUUGCCCAAAGCGGCGGACGUCAAGCUGUCGUCUUUCGAGUUCCGGAGGACACCGGACAUCUCUUUCACAGCCUCCACCACAGCGGAGCUGGGAGCUAUCCCGGGCCUCCCCCCGCCGGUGCAGGGGAAGUGCCGAUUCUUCGUCAUGCGCUCAGUGAACCUCCGCAACCUGCAGAUCUCCGCCUGCAAGGCGGGCUUACGGUGA